AUGGCCGCUGGUGGGAGUUCGGACAUUGAAAGUGGAUCCAUGUCACGUUUUGUAUCAGAACUUUUCGGUAAUCCCGUGAAUUUGGUUCUUCUCGGGAUUUGUUCAUUUCUCGUCUACAAGAUAUUUUCUGGCAGGCGAAAUUCUGGACCUCCGGCACCGAAGGAACCAGAAUUAGCGCCGUUGAAAAAGCAAGAUUUUACAAUUGAGCAGCUGCGGGAAUACGACGGGAAAGCGAAAGAAGGCCGCAUUUUGAUCGCUGUGAAUAACAAGGUGUUUGAUGUCACUAGAGGAAAACGAUUCUACGGGCCAGGAGGACCAUAUGGUUUGUUUGCUGGAAGAGAUGCGUCCCGUGCUUUAGCAACGUUUUCUCUGGGUGAGGAGGCUCUCCGAGACGAAUAUGAUGACCUCAGUGACCUCAACUCGAUGCAGAUGGAGAGUGUGCGUGAGUGGGAGAUGCAGUUUACAGAGAAAUAUGACUAUAUUGGUAAGCUGUUGAAGCCUGGAGAACUCCCGACAGAAUACUCAGACACCGAAGAUGAACAGCACGAAGAGAAAAAAGAUAAAAAGGAAAAGAAGAAUGACUGAAUCUGUUGGUGAAUGUACUGUACCUGUGUAUGAGUGGGAACAUGUGUGUAUAUAUAGCGAGCUGGCAUUUGUUAAGCGGUUUCGGAUAGUGAGCGGUAAAGAGUAUAUGCUAUGCAUAAAUGGAUCUACAUGUAAGCUGCAUAUAUUUGUUUGGAGAUGAAAUUUAGCGCAAAUGUAUCCCAAUCAAAUAGGGAAAGGUGAAUUUUCAUGAACUGAUGAUGUCAUCCACUAAUUUUUGUUGGUGUGGUCAACUUGCCAUUUGGAUAUUGGGUAAAUUCUAUGACAUCUGCAUGUAGAUAUUGUUUAUUGGCUUCUUGACAGACAUUUUGCCAAUUUUAGGUUAAAAGACAACUUUUAACAUGAAUUGUUCCGACUUGGAUGGUGAUUUGUAACGUGUACAUUUUUUGUAUAGAUUGAUGAAAAUCACUAUGACUUGCUAUUUUUCUACAAAUAUUUUAUUGGGUUUUUUUUUCAAUAUUACCUUUUUGGGGGGAUUCAAAUGCAACACAUACUGAGAGUUAAUAUAAUGACGAUUUCCAGCCAGCCAGCCGACCCUGUUGGUUGAAGUUUGGAUACAGUUCAUAUUUGACCACAUUUCCACUUCCGCUUUGUCCACUUUGUUUAAAGACAUCCUUCUUGUGUAUGUUGGAAAUCUUUUGCAAUACAUUUUCAGAAUUUUAUUUAGUUUAACAAUGGCUUUGCCAUUCUAGUUUAUGUAUGUUUUGCUGAUUGUCUCAAAAGGUUCACUAUUUACAUAUAAUUUAACACCAUAGAAGCGCAACAUUUUUCUACUUUGUUUCAUUCAUUCAUUUAUUCAUUGAUUUGUUCACCCCGAUAUAAAAGAGACAAGAGACAGAUGGAAUUCCAGACACUUACUUACUAACCGCCUUUAGCAGGUUUGGUUAAAAGUGAUAAAAAGAGAACAUUUUACCGAGGAGAUCUUAGACUUCAUAUUAAUUUAUUGUCGUUGUUUAUUUAGAGAGUACUACAUGAGUGGUCAUUGCAUACCAUCUGUCUUACAAAGAGUUGUUUCAAUAUGUAUGUAAUGGUCAAGAAUGUAGUAUUCUAUUUCUUACAUAUCCUCCAAAAAAACUUGUAUCCAAUUUUAUACCAAUUUGGUUUUUUAGUACAGUACGGUACUGGGUAGUUAACAUUAGAGUCACAGAACAGUCAGUUUCAGGUUAAAUUAUUAUCACACAUAGAUUGGAUAUUUCCAUGUGAUACAAAAAAUUGCAUGGUAUUCUCUCUACAGGUGUAUAAGAAAUUCAGUUAUCAUGGAAAGAUACAGACGUUACACUCCUCUUAUCCUGUCAUUGGUUAAAUGUACGUGGUCAUCAAAAUGAAGGUCUUUUAAUUAUGAAAAUUGAUUUUAGUAUGUGUGAAUCUACUCACCAAUAAUACACAAAACAAUAUAUAACAUUUUAAAAGUGUAUAAUAGUAGCCGUAACAUAUGUGAUGAUUAUGAAUCUUCCAUUAGCAUAUUCAUUAGUGUAUCUCUGUAGAAGACCGAUCCCAGAAGAAGUUAUGACAGGCCUGAAUGUAUGCCGGCUUGACUCGCUGUUAUGUGUGUUGUUUACAUACGAGAGCUGAUAUUGACCAAGAUAGAGGAUUCCUACUCUGUAUUGGAACUGCCAGUUUAUAGCACUUCACAUUGAGCUGUGCACACGCUGUGGGUAGGAAUCAUGAGUGACUGAGCUGUACUCGCGGUGGGUGGGAAUGAGUAACUGAGACAUGCCCAAUCCUUGCCAGUCUUAAACUUAAUGUUCAAACCACCAAGCCACCAAAGAUCAAUGCUGGCAGUCCUUUUAAAGUGUUUUCUUUAUGUAUUAGUUGAUUACGUAGAUGCCAGACUGCAUAUGGGGCUAAUUCAUAUACGGGUCUCCUUUUUGUCCCAGUGUGUAUUGCAAAUAAUGUUAAGUGUUAAAACUAAAACAAUUAUUCAGUCUGGUGUAAUUUAGUAAUUGUGCUUAGGCCCUGUGCUGUUUAUGUACAGCUUUUGGUCUCUUAUUAUCUUCACACAUUUUAAGAUCACUGGCAACAGCGUUCUGGAUGAGACAAAGAUGAGACCUACAUAUAAAAUGGUCCUAUGGGACUUCAAAUCCUAUUCUGGAUCAAACCUGAUUUUUUUUUUUUCAAGUAGUAUUAGAAAGAACAGCAAUGAAUUACUGAUAUAAGACCUGGUACAAGUUGGUCUCAGUAUUACGUGUAUUUCUGUAGAUAACCAAGGCUGUACAUGUUCGUAGAGCCUGUUUGGAUUCUAGGGAUGUUCCACAUUUGAACAUAGAACCACAGAGAACUGAUGGAUGUAUGUAUGUAUGUAUGAUGUAUGCUGUAUGUAUGUAUGUAUGAUGGAUGUAUGUAUGAUGUAUGGUAUGUAUGAUGUAUGUAUGUAUGAUGUAUAUGAUAUGAAGGUCUAACAUGACCAUAUACGGCUUUUAGAUAAAAGAACUUUUGUUGUUGUUUUGGGCAUUACCAGACUUAAAGGGAUUUUCUGGUGAAACAUUUGUCAGUGUAAAUAUUUCAUGAAUAUUAACUUUAGUCCAGAUAAGUUAUUGAAAGAGCAGUUAUCGUGGAACUCUUCAGGAAUUCAGUUUCAGGUGGCAGUUACAUGUAGGUCAGAUUUGUUAAACUAUUCAAGGAGAUUAAAUGUCUCAAAUAUCAGGCUGUUUCCUGAUACAGCUUAAAUCCAAAUAUAAUUAUAAUAACAGUGUGUAUUUAAUCAGUGUUUGGGUUUUUUCUCUUGCUUUUUUUAAAAAGAAGAAAUCUACAGCAAAAUCUAGAUGUUAACUAUGACCAAAUUAAUGUUGAUUUCACGAAGUAGCCCAUCGGUUGUGUUCUAGUUCUGAGUAGCUGGAAGAGCUUGAUUACAAAGAUGAAACCAGUGACAAAAACAUUUGCUAUAACCUGACUUUAAAAAAAAAAAUCAUGCUAAAUCUCUUCUUCCCCCAUCCUCCAGACAUAAUGUUUGUCCAUGCUUAGGUCUUCCUGUUGACGCAUUGCUGAAAUGUGAUGUCAGGUUAUGACAAAACAAUUUUAGUUUAACAUCAGAUUCCUAGUCUGAGGAAUUCUUUGUUUUCCAUACCGGUCUCGGUGGCGUUGUGGUUAGGCCAUCGGUCUACAGGCUGGUAGGUACUGGGUUCGGAUCCCAGUCGAGGCAUGGGAUUUUUAAUCCAGAUACCGACUCCAAACCCUGAGUGAGUGCAAG